AUGCGUCUCCAGCUGUUCUCGUUCAUCACCGUGGCCAUUUUUGCCUCUAUUGUCAGUGCAACUGGUUGCAGCAAAUGCCUCAAUCAGAACGAGGACAAUAUCCGUCUGGGCUGCUUCAACAAAUGCAAAGAAGCUUUCAAUCCCAGCAGCACUGAAUACCAGGUUUGCCGCGACCAGUGCACCGAGUUUGUGUUUCAGGAUCACUGCUGCACCUCUUCCUGCAGCAGCAAAGCCGACGUCUGUCUGAAUGACUAUUUCCACGGUGUGGGCCUGACCAAGCGCGACUCAAUGGAUGAGGAAGCCUAUUAUCGAUCUCAGCUAGAUGCGAUUCGAGAAAAUCCCGAUCUACUCGAUAAACGAGCGCUGCUGGUCGGUGCUGCUCCGUACCAUCUGAUCCGAAGCACUGAGGACUUGCACUCGCUGAAUCAUCCGGAUUUCAAUGAGACUAUUGUGUACGAUGUGAGCGCGGAUGACGGCCCAGGGACUUUGGAUCGUCGUGUUGACCGUGGCAAAGUCUGCUGCACGGCCGCCAGGACAGUAUUGAAAACUGGAGUUGUUGAGGUAGGGCCAGCAUUAGCAAGUGAUGAAUGGACCGAGGAGCAGUACGCGGGACUGGUGCUGGUUGGUUUUGGCAUUGCAGGAGCAUGGACUUGCAACCGUGUUUACAAUGUGCAAUGUCUCUUCUUCAAUGCCAGGCCUGCGCCGCAACAUUGA